AUGCCGUUUAUCAUAACACUGCAAGAGGCGCUUAAGCGCGCGAAACACAAAGUGAAGAAAGGCCUUGGUAUCGAGUCUACAACUACUAAUAAAACUGCUCACGAACAUCAGGGCUCUCGCCGUUGUAGUACUGAGUCUGAGCCUUCGCAUCCAUCUGACAGUCCGCCGAAGGCGACCACAAGUACCUUGAUCGCAAUCGGUUCACUUCUCGCCGUUCUCGAGUCCAGUACCGACGCUCUUGGUCCGCUAAAGUCUGCGAUCGGCCAGCUUAAGCUCUGUGUAGACACAUAUAGGACCUCCUGCAAGGAUCGCAAAGAGCAUGAAGAUCUGGCAGUCAAGCUAGAUGGUAUCAUCGGCGAUCUUAUCAUACAUGCGAAGCUACCCAUGGAUCCUGUGGCGACUGAUAGCGUCAAGCGUAUACAGAGCGAUCUCAUGAAAGAAGCAGAGAAGGUGGCCGAAAUGCAGGCAAGAUCGAGCGGUAGACGACUGAUCGAUGCGCUGGAUGGCUAUGACGGGAUAGUCGAGUGCUAUCGUCGCAUCGACGGCCACCUGCAAAGAUUGACGCUAAAUGCAAGCCUCAGCACUUUCCAAGCUGUCAGCGAGCAAACAAUGGCAAAGAGGUCACGCCUAACUGGAAUAUGUCCCACCAGCGCUGCGUACUAUGGCUCAGCUGAGUCCGGCAACCUACAGAGAAGACCAUGCACCCCAGGGACCCGUGAGGCACAGAUCAAGCUGCUGCUCGAGUGGGCGAAUGCACCAGACGCUGGCAGGACGUGCUGGAUGAACGGAAUGGCCGGCACAGGCAAGACAACCAUCGCAUAUAGCGUGUGCGCCGAGCUAGAGAAGGCCAGUCGACUUGGGGCAAGCUUCUUCUGCUCGCGGACGAUGCUGGAGUGCAGUCAGGUCAAGAACAUCAUCCCUUCGAUUGCAUACCAGCUUGCCCAAUUUUCACUGCCGUUUCGAAACGCGCUAGUUGGCAUCCUAGGGUUGAAGACGGACGUGCACACGCGAGGGCUGGCCGAGCAGUACCAGAGCUUGAUCAUCGAGCCCCUAGCGGGAGUGCAUGGCUCACUGCCGGAUGACUUUAUUGUGGUAAUUGAUGCGCUAGACGAGUGUGAUAACGAGGACAGCGUUGGCCGGAUACUGGAUCUGCUUAUGACGACGCCCCCUACCCUGCCAAUCCGGUUUCUUAUAUCCAGUCGACCGGAGAACGAGAUCACGCUAAAAAUCACAGGACGACAUGAUGGAGAGGAUGAAGCUCGGUUGGUCCUGCACAACCUACAAGAAGAGACUGUCAAGGAUGAUAUCGAACUAUACAUGCGUGAUGAACUCAAGGAUAUUCGACUAACAAAGACACAGUGGACCGACAUUCUAGAGCGCUGCGGUACCCUGUUUAUAUAUGCGUCAACCGCCUGUCGCUUCAUUAAACAAGAGCACAAAGUAGAUGCGGCCAGCGAGGCAGUGAGCACCAUCAUCGACUCACCUUACAUGCCAAUAGCAGGCGAGAACCCCAUCGAUGUGCUAUACCUCACGAUCCUGAAGACUGUAUUCGAGAAAUCAGGUAUGAGCAAACAGAGCGUGGUCAAAAUGAAGAACAUACUCGAGACAGUAAUAUGCGCCGUUGAACCAAUGGCCCUGGAAGCAAUCGCAGAUCUUCUUGCGCUAAAUAGCGUCAAACAGGUGUAUCGACUUCUCCAUCCCUUGCGGUCGGUACUGCAUGUUCCGAGAGAUACCGGAGUAGUCAAUACAUUGCACGCAUCGUUUCCUGACUUUAUGCUCUCCUCGGCUCGAUCACUUGACUUCUGCUGCGACCGAGCAGGACGACACACGACACUAGCUCAAGCGUGCCUAGGACUGAUUGAUACGGCAGAGCCGAAGAUGAACAUAUGCAGGCUGCCCUCGUCUCACCACUUGGACGAAGAAGUAGAAGACCUGAGAGCGCGGGUGGCAUGGGCGAUCUCACCCGGACUUGCAUACGCAUGCCGAUACUGGUCGACUCACCUGGAUCGCAGUGCAUACAAGCCAAUACUGCUGGACGCGGUUCGCAACUUCUUCUUUGCAAGGCUGCUGCUGUGGAUGGAGGUCGCAAAUCUGACUGGCUCGAUGCGAUACGGUGUGGGCACAGGCACAGUUGAGUAUGCAGAGAGAUGGUGCGUGAAACAUGGCGCGCCAGAGGCCGUAACACAGAUAGCCCACGACGCAUGGCAGUUUGUAUCGGUGUAUGCCAACCACCCUGUAUGCCAAAGCACGCCUCACAUAUACGUUUCGAUGCUUCCAUUCUGGCCUCGCUCAAGACCCAUAUCCCUCGCAUACAUGCCAAGGACAUCCGAUCUGGCUCAGCUGACAGGGACGGCAAUCGGCCGACGACAGCUAGCGCUUAUGGCCACCUGGAAAGUGUCGAAUGGAGAAGUGUUUUCGAUCAGUCUGUCAGGUGACGGAAGUCGGCUGGUGGUGCCUACCGAUACCGGGAUCGACAUACUGGAUACGACGACAGGCGAGAGUGUACACAGCCUCACUGACGAGCGUGCACAGAGUGUCUCGCUGGUCGCGAUGUCUCCCGACGGCAAUCAGGUCGCCUUUGCUAAAUAUGAGGAUAUCCUAUACCUGUGGGACAUUGGAAACGGGGGAGCCAUUACAGCGCUGCUUCCAGAUGACGUUUGGGAUGUGACUUGCAUUGCAUUCUCCGUCGAUGGGUCUCGCGUCGCAUGCGGCAGGAACAACGGAGACGUGUACAUCUGCUCAUUACGGCAUACAGCAGGCAGUCUUGGCCCACUCAAGGGCCAUACUGACUGGGUCCGCUCGGUUGCAUUCUCUCCCGACGGCUUGCAUCUUGCAUCUGGAUCAGAUGACAAGACUAUCCGAGUGUGGAACAUGCAAACAGGCGAACAAGUCGGUCAACCGUUCGAGGGACAUACCGAUUGGGUGCGCUCGGUGUGCUUCACUACCGAUGGGUCCCGCCUUGCCUCGGGGUCUGACGAUAAGACUGUUCGAGUGUGGGACAUAAAAACAGGGAAGACCGCGUCGGAGCCACUUACAGGGCAUUCUGGCUAUGUGUACUCGGUUGCCUUCUCACCCAACGGUAAACUCCUUGCCUCUGCAUCACUGUAUAAAACCAUACGAAUAUACAGUGCCGAAACUGGUCGGGUCGCGCUCGGCCCACUCGAAGGACACACAGAUACAGUCAACUGCGUAACGUUCUCCCGCGACGGCACUCGCCUGUUCUCAUGCUCUCGCGACAGAACUGUACGCAUAUGGAACGUGCAAGAUGUCGACACCCAUCCUACCCCCACGGCUACUCCCACCUCCACCUCUCCUAUCUACUGCAUUCGGUACUCCCACAGCGGGAAGCGAGUCGUGUCUGGCUCACGGGAUGGGACGGUUCAGGUCUGGGACACCGAGACGGGUGAGCUGGUGCUCGGGUCCCUGCGCGGCCACAAAGGGGAGAUUGCAUGCGUCGACUACUCACCGAACGAUCAGUACAUUGCGUCUGCUUCAUAUGACAGCACACUGCGUAUCUGGAACGCACACACCGGCAAGGACAUCCAUGGAUCAAUGCGCGGCCAUACCGACAACGUGAAUGGUGUACGAUUCUUGCCAGGCGGCUUGGCGAUCGUCUCAGGGUCGGAUGACGGCACUGUCCGAAUGUGGGACGUCAGCACUGGACAACAACUCGCGCGGCUUCUCGAAGCACGCAACCGGAUCCUCUCGGUUGGGGUCUCUUCCGACGGGCAACACGUAGUCUGCGGCUCGAUGGAUGGCACGAUACAAGUGGUAGACCGACAUGGCGCCAAGACACAGGACGAGCCAAUCAGCGGCCAUACCGACUGGGUUCGCUCGGUGGAGUUCUCUGAUGGGAUACGUUUCGUGUCAGGAUCAGAUGACAGAUCGGUGCAAAUAUGGGAUGGGCAGACAGGGAAGCCGCUAGUUGUUUGUGGCGAGCGCUACAGGGCCCAUCGCGACUGGGUGCGCUCCGUAUCGACCUCCCCGGACGGUCUCUAUGUAGCAUCUGGCUCUGACGAUCACACUGUGCGUGUGUGGGAUGGGCAGACCGGCAAGCUGAUACUCGGUCCUCUGAGAGGACACACUCGUUGGGUCCGGUGUGUUCAGUUCUCGCCCGACGGUUCGCAUGUCGCAUCGUGUUCGGAUGACGGCAUAAUCCGGUUCUGGGAUGUGUCGGGCUGCAGGACAGAGUCACUGGAGCAUGGGUCGACGAGUGCAGAAAUGGGGGUGGCGAUCUCUGAUAGGAGUGGUGAGAAAGGGUCCAGGAGAUGGUUGGUAGACGGGGACGGAUGGGUGGUGGAGUCGCCGAGACGCAGAGUGGCAUGGGUGCCAUCUGAGCUACGUGCUUGCCUUCUUAGUCCCUCAGAAGAUUUCCGGAUUGCUGCCGCAGGGUAUCUCAAACUGGAGUGGCGCGGAGCUAAGACUGCGCGUUGGGACAGAUGCGACGGUCGUGCGACACAAGUGCAGAUGGAUGACUCAUGGGCUGAGCAGCGCAAUGGGGGCGGGGCGGUAAUCACGAAAAGGGCGACCGAAUGGCUUGUCCAGUCCGGAGACAGGGCGAAGCACCGACGCGCUCUUGCCACAGCUGCGGUCAAAACGCUCUCCACGUCAUCAUACCCGGAUGUUGGCUUGGGUCUCAGACUUCGGCGUUGCCCACCGUGUCCCUUUCCAUCCCAUGCCCUGACCUGGUCGCACUCGGCACGACAAGCCAAAGGCAACGAGCAAGAGAUAUCGGUUGUGACUGCGAUGGGCGAGGAGCUCGGCAUCCAACGAAUGGGGAACGAGGAGGAAGGCGGGCGAGGAGGUCAAGUGCGCAGAGCAGGAGAUGAGGCGAUUGCAGGCGGAGAGGAAGCGCCAGCAGGAAGGGCAGACGGCCGAACCGAAGGCGGAGAGGACCGGCAAAAGGGAGAGGAGGAGGACAAGAGAAAAGGAAAGCAAGAGCCAGAAGAUGAAGCCCAGGCGGAUAUCAACGACAACGCCGCCAUACACGUCCCGACCCUGCGCGCAGUGCACACAUCCCUGGUCUGCGUCGAAUCGCUUCCAGGGAUACAGGAAAGGCAUACGACAUGGACGGAACGUGCGGCACUCAAGGACAUGACAAGAGCCGUGGAAGAGAGCUCUGAGCUGAAGUUGGUCGACAACUCGCGGUCGGAACUCGGCAGACUGGCCAAUGCCAUUCACGACAUCCUCUCGCUAAGCCUGUCGUACCCUACCCGCGCUGAGACAGGUGCUAGCCAAGCUACUGACGGCUUACUCGCUGGGACGUCUGGUGUGGCCGGUGGUGGCGAGGCGCCACGCGAGGUUCUGAGAGAUCUAUUGGACGAGGCCGAACAGGUGGACGGGGAGCAGGCAACGAGCGACAACGAGUGGCGCAAGAUGAUCGGCCGCGAGCUGGAAGGCAAGAGCGACCCAGACGACAAGCCGCCGACGCUGGAGACCACAUCUCAGUACACUGACCGAAUGGUCGGCCAGCUCGCACUCUACGCGGCCAUCCUUCAGACGUUGCCGAUGCCGGCUCAGAUUGAGCCUGACUCGGUGCCUGCUCAGUUCAGACCGGCCAAGCUAUGGACGUGGCUUGCUCGUGUGCUGAACUCGGGCAAGCUGCUGAGGUCAUGUUCUGCGCCGCAGUGCGUGUCUGUUGUGCUGGAGGCGGCAGGGGAGGGACUGUACGAGGCGUAUGGGACGCAGUCCAGUUUGAGGUCGCAAGGACCUGACGUCGAAGGCAAGGCUGGAGGCGGUGUCGAGGACGAGGGGAUUCAGAAAGGCAAGCCUCAAACCCAGCCGCUUCUCCCCGCUCCAAAAGGACCAGAAAUAUGCGAAGGGGGAGAUCUUUUAAUGGAUGAGGACGAAUUCGUACAAGAGCCGUUUUCUCACAACAAUGUACCCAAACCAGAGCUCGAGAUACCACUCGACCCUGUCAAUGAUCCUCCACCGGCACCCGAGCCCCUGCACAACUCACAACAAAGGCUUCGUACCCCAAGUCCACCUCUCCCUUCGCCGUCACUGGAAGUGGAAUAUGACUCGGACAAAUCGGAGUCCUCAUAUGAGUUCUCACACACCUUGAAUGACCCGCCCGCACUCCGCUUUGCCUAUCUUAAUGCUCUUGCCGAUCACGUUGUACGCAAGCAUCCCGUUCGCGACGCCGAAAUAAAUCUCAAGAAUACUCUAAUAGCUCUCCGGCUCAUUCCUGGUGGCAUUCCUGAUCAUAUCAAACCUUUAACCACCCUCAAGUCGGUUCGCCGACAUCUUGGACUCAACACUUCUGGAUUAUUACAGCAGGUUCCUAUAUGCGACAAAUGCUAUAUGCGAUACUCUAUGGAGGAUGUUCUGGCAGCAGACCUCCUAGCUACUUGUACUAGAGAACGCCCUAGCUGCUCUGGGAGCUACAUGAAGAUCAAAACUAGAAAUGGAAAACCAAAGAAAAUACCCGCUAAAGUAUUACUUUACAUGAAGAUUAUUCCAUCACUUCGGCACAUGCUGCUUCGACCAACAUUUGUGCGGCUUCUCAAGAAAGGCUCAGAAGCUAGUGUACGGGAGCGCCCUCCCAAUACCUACUACGACAUUUCCGAUGGGUCUGUUUGGAAGUCAGCUCGCGUAGGUCUCAGGCGGGUUUUUCGACAUGAUGGGACAGUGGCUGAUGAACCAAUAACUCCGGGAAGCAAUAUGCGCGUCUCAAGCUUGGGCUACGGACUCUUUGCAGCCUUGAAUAUCAACUGGUUCCGCGUAUCAAAAAAACGCAGCUCCGGUGCUAUUUAUCUUGCAAUCUUGAACUUACCCCGAUACGCCCAAUAUCACGUUCAUAAUGUAAUCUUGGCUUGUGUGAUUACUGGCCCAAAAGAACCUCACCUUGAAGACUUGAAUUUUGUCCUUGAACCCAUAGUUGAGUCCUUUAAGCGAGUUGCAGUUCACGUCUAUCAAGAGAACCUUCCGCAGGCAGUGGAACGGCUCUACUCGUAUCCAACAUUACUGGGAGCAGACAUACCUGCACGUUCCAAAUUUAACAAGAUUCCAGCACACUCACAUAGCAAAGGGCCUGGAUGCAACUGUAAUAAGAAUACUGCGGAUCUCAACAACCCACAAGCAAAGGCAUAUGACCCAUUGGAAUUUGUCUAUGCUGAUGAGUACAAUAUUUUACAACUCUCAAAAGAGUCUACCAGCAGCCCCAGGGCAAGGGCUUGCAUUGCCAAGGAUUAUGGCAUUUGA